AUGUCCAAUGGAAUUGUAAAUGGUGCCGGAUUGGAGACUCAGUUUGCCUCUCUCGGUAUCAAUGGCGCAAAAUCUGCCUAUGUCCCUCCUCAUAUGAGGAACUCGCAGCGGGCUGCCUCCAAUCCCCCCGUUCCUACUAACGGGACCGGCUGGGACGACUCCCGCUCUUCCACUCCUUCGCGUGGCGGCUACGGCAGCGCUCCUAGAGGCGGUGGAGACCAGUGGGGUGCAAGGAGUGUCUCCACGCACGCUGGCCGCGGCGGUGGAGCAUGGGCCGAUCGCCCCCAGUCCAAUGGCUGGCAGGGCAACGGUGGACCCCGCGGUGGAAGCGACAGUGGCCCCCGUGAGUCCUUCGGUUAUGGCUCCUGGCGCGAUGGCAAGCAUGUCACCGGCGGUCGCAACAUGCGCAUGGAGAAGGAAUUGUUCGGUGAAGAGAACGACCCCUCCAAGCAGCACACUGGCAUCAACUUCGAAAAGUACGAUGAUAUCCCCGUCGAGGCCACUGGUGCUGGUGUACCAGACCCUGUGACGCAGUUCACGACCCCUCCGCUCGACCCGGUGCUUCUGGAGAACAUCGGCUACGCUCGUUACACCACUCCCACUCCCGUUCAAAAGUAUUCGAUCCCUAUCGUGGCCGCAGGCAGAGACCUGAUGGCUUGUGCUCAGACGGGUUCUGGGAAAACCGGCGGUUUCCUCUUCCCCAUCCUUUCUGCCUCUUUCACCAAUGGCCCUCGCGCUCCACCUGCCGACGUGGGCCCCGGCUACGGUCGCCGCAAGGCAUACCCCACUGCUCUCAUCCUCGCUCCUACUCGUGAGCUCGUCAGCCAGAUUCACGACGAGGCACGCAAGUUCUGCUACCGCUCUUGGGUCCGCCCCGCUGUCGUCUAUGGCGGUGCCGACAUCAAUCAGCAGCUGCGGCUUAUCGAGCGUGGCUGCGAUCUUCUCAGCGCUACUCCUGGUCGUCUCGUGGACCUGAUCGAGCGUGGCCGCAUCAGCCUGGCCAACAUUCGCUACCUCGUCCUUGACGAGGCUGACCGUAUGCUCGACAUGGGUUUCGAGCCUCAGAUCCGUCGGAUCGUGCAGGGCGAGGACAUGCCCGGUGUCCAGGAGCGUCAGACACUCAUGUUCUCCGCGACCUUCCCCCGUGACAUUCAAAUGCUGGCCCGCGACUUCAUGAAGGACUACGUCUUCCUCUCUGUCGGCCGUGUCGGCUCCACCUCGGAGAACAUCACUCAGCGCGUCGAGUACGUCGAAGACCAGGACAAGCGCUCUGUUCUUCUUGACGUCAUCCAGGCUAGUGGUGAUGGCCUCACGCUUGUCUUCGUCGAGACCAAGCGCAUGGCCGACAUGCUCUCGGACUUCCUCCUUGCCAGUAACCUCCCGGCCACCUCCAUUCACGGCGACCGUACUCAGCGCGAGCGUGAGAUGGCUCUCCAAACCUUCCGUACCGGCCGCACCCCCAUCCUGGUCGCGACCGCUGUCGCUGCCCGUGGUCUCGAUAUCCCCAACGUCACCCACGUCGUGAACUACGACCUCCCGUCCGACAUCGACGACUACGUUCACCGUAUCGGUCGUACUGGCCGUGCCGGUAACGUCGGUGUUGCGACCGCUUUCUUCAACCGUGGCAACCGCAACAUCGUCCGGGACCUCAUUGAGUUGCUCCGCGAGGCCAACCAGGAGAUUCCCGCCUGGCUCGACACUGUUGCUACCGAGAACAGCUUCGGUGGAGGUGGAGGCUUCCGUGGUCGCGGCGGACGCGGUGGAGGCCGUGGUCGUGGCGGCAACCGUGACGCCCGUCAGGGCGGCGGAGGUGGCGGCUUUGGCGGGCACCGUGGCGGAGGUGGAGGCGGCUACGGUGGUCCCCAGUACGGCGGUGGAAACCAUGGCGGCGGAGGUGGAGGCAGCUGGUGGUAA